AUGGCCACCACCAACGCCACCGAUGCAAAUGGUCUGCACUAUGCGCCUUCGCCGCUGCCACCACCACAGGAGGCUCCCACAUCGGCUCUCGCUCUCGAUCGAAAGAUUGUUCAGGCGUUGUUCGUGUCACUGCGCAUGUCUAUUCCACAAGAUGUGCAGCGACGCCUCCUUUCCAACGCUGCGGAGGAGCUCGAGUUUCUCAUUGUGCGGCAGCCGCGGGUAAGCGCCUUCCACCAUCGCCGGCGCGAGUCGCUGCGGCACCCCGCUCUUGCCAUGGCAGCAAAAAAGUACUACCGUGAAUGCCGGCGCCGACGAUUCGAGCUGGAACUACAGCAGAUGGCAGCCGUGGAAGGCCAGCCACUCUCGCAAUCAACCAACUCGCCAGCUGCACAGGUCCGCAGCGGUGUGAGUGCCGUGCAGCGUGAAUCAGUAUUGGUGGACCUUCUUUUUUCAGAGUACGCUCAGCAGUCUUCCAUCUACUUCAAGGACCAGGACUUCCAGGGGGACCACUACGGCAGAAGUACUGGCAACGGAGCGGCCGGCUUCGGCGGGUUUGCUGCAUCGCACCCCAGUAUAUCGCUCAACACCUACGCAGCCUCUACUCCUCCCCGGCUGCUGGGCAGAAUGAUCAGGGAAACGGACAGCGAGGCAAGUUUGCAACCACCGACAACACCACGCAGUGGACAUGCCGUGGAGCUCAGCAGCACGAUGACGAGCGGCAAGAGCGGCAUCCUACGGCAUCGUUCACCAGCCCUGAGGCACCUAAAAAGCAGCGAGGAUAGCGUCUCGGCCUUGUCUGAGGCCCUCAACACUGGGUCGUUCUCCCGCUUCGGCUUGAAUGUCACGGUAGCCGAGAACGCCGAAAAAGGCGGCAACGCACGUGCACGGGGGAUGGGCGUGGGUGUCUCUACCACCGCCGUAGCGGACGGGGCCCGUUUCUUCGCGCGGCGGAUGGGGUGCAACGACAACGCCGCCGUCCGUCACGGCGGUGACAAGGGUAGCGGUGCCGGGGACAAGUUCCCCUCCGGCUGGACAGGGGAGAUGCGUGUGCUGCUGCAGCGCCGCACGGAGGAGGAGCGGGAGGCUGGAACUUGCAAUGAUCCGUAUCUUUUCAUCUCCGCGCGGCCUGUCGAGCACCUUCUCUGCUGCUACGGCGGUGUCUCACGAGAGCCAGCCAUCAUGGCGCUUGGGGCGGCAUCGAUGCUGCUGCAGUGCGACAGCACCAACACGGCCGACGCGGACCCGUUUCGCAACGCGAUAGUGGAGGAGGACAUGCGGUGGGAUCAGUUGGCGGGGUGCCAUCGUCAGCUGUUGCGAGCGGCGUACGGGCCGUGCCGAGCCGGGGCCGCAGCUGUGGCCAGCGACCGCCUCGUGAACGACGUCAUUCGCCGCUUCUGGGACCGGCUGACGGUCUCCAUGGCGGCUCAGCACGCCCACAAGGCGCAGGAGGCACGGAAGUCACGCGCAGCGGCGGAUGCCAAUAUUGCAGCCGCGGCCUCUGCGCUGCGCGGGCGGUCCGACAGAGAGGCGGAUGAGGACGACUUGAACGAAAUCUCCGACAGCGACGCCAAAGGCGAGGGUGCUGCGGCGGGCACAGGCGCCGGCACCGGUGGUGACGACGUUAGCCGCAAAAAGGCCACUGCUAUAUCCCUUAGUCGAAGAAAACGAAGCGCAUCGAAGCUAUCUCGCACCCGUAAAUCUGUGUCGAAGUUGUCGAGGAAAAAGAAGAGAAAGGGUGGCGGCGCUGUUUCGUCUGGCGUGGGGGGCGGGUCUGAGCAGCACUCCAGUGUGGCAUACUACAUGACCCCUCUCCAGUACGUCUACCUCCAUACUCGCAUAGCGCAUGUGCUCUUGCCAGAAUGCGACGCGGUCGAAGUGGAGCUGUUGCCAUACAUUCAGGAGGACUUACUCGUGGAUGCUGCGUACGACGAGGGAGACGCGGCGCAGCCGUUUUAUUUUGGGGAGGCGCCACGCCUCGUCGGAGACUUCGGGCGACAGCAUCGCCGCUCUACCGUUGCUGGCGGCGCAGGGUCGACGACGCGGACUUCGCUGGUGGAUAUCAAACUGCAAGGGGCCAACUACGAAGACGCGGGGGAUGAUCGAAUGUCCACCGCCGGCGGCGAAACGCAGCGAGAUGCCUUGUACCUGCAGCGCCGGUUUCUGUCGGUGCGUCGCAACGGCUACGCUCUCAGUAGACCGACAGGUGGUGGCGCGAGCGACGUCGGCGGCAUGCGCGAGAUUGGUCUGGGGGACGAUUGGAUGAGUAUUGGACCCACGUCGUCGAUGGCGGUAACCAUCGACGAUGGCAUGAUGAUGCGGCGGGCCGACGGCUGUGAUUGGGGCAUUGGCAAGUCGUACGCCAUGGCGUCUGUGUCUCUGGUUCCGAUGAGUUUCACGGUAGCGCAGUUACCCUCGCUUACGUAUCCGCAGUUCUGGUGCUCUAUGAUGGAGCUGGCGGACAACUGGACGUGCUGCGCUGGCAACCCAGUGGAGACGGCGAUUUUCAUGUGGGAGCUCUACGUUGAGGUGUUUGGGCACAACUGGGACGAGGAGGACAAGGUGCUUGCCAAUGCGGUAGAGAGUAAGGCGGCCAAGUCCGCCAUAAGUGCAGCUGAGAAAGCGGAGCUGGCGAAGGAGGAGGCGGAUACAAUGGAGUCUUUUCAGGCCCUCCUGGCCGAGGUAAGCGGGCGGUUGUCUCAGCCGUUGUCGUGGUGCAGAUCUCUCAACAGUAUCACAAGCAUGACCGAAGCCAUUCACACUGCGGCAGACAGGUACCGCUCACGUCGACCGCGGUCCAAAACAAAGCGCGGCGUGCGCACCAGCUCGCAAUCGACGCAGUCGACCGACUCAGACGACGAUGAGUCGCUCCUGCUGGCGUCCUCCUUAGACUUGUCACUCUCUGAGUUGAAACGUCUCACUGAGGCGAAGACCGAGGGGAAUGAUGGGUGGGUCUACAGCGAGCGUGUUGACGAGGAUGGGGUGACGCACCGCUACCGCCGUCGAGUGUGCGGCGGCGAGAGCCACUCGAGCUCGCACAGCAUCUCAGAGCCGGGGUUGAACAAUGGCUCGUACAUCGUCGAGGAAGAGAUGGACAAAGACGGAGCCGUGGUGAGUCGGCGCAAGCUGCGCUGGCAUGUAGCGCUCUCGUCGGACUGCUCGCUUUACACAGCGGACGAGAGAGCGCCGGAGUUCCUUCGCCGCAAGUAUUUCGAGGAUCGAGCGAAGAAAUUGCGGCGUUUGGAGCCGUGGCGCCGCGUGACUUCUGGGCACAGUGGCAGUGACUCCCGGUCAUCCAGCAUGACCUCGUGGAGCUCAAUCGGCGACUGCGACAGCGACGAUCGUCGCAACAGGCGCCGUCGCCGUCGUCGCACUCGCCACACGGGCUUGCGCCGCGAUCACCCACGCUACUUGAGGAAAGAUGAUCAGUAUUGGUACACGGAGUGUGGAGUGAAGCCCGGCUGGAAGUUCCCUUAUGACGACGAUGAGGCCGACGGUGGUGAUGAUGGGGCACGCGCGCAGGGGCCGAGGAAGUCUGAACUCACCCAGGAGGAACGGGAGCAUCUGCUGGCGCGCAAAGAGUGGCUGUGCUCCGUGCUGGAGGCACAGGGGAUUCACCUGCCACCACACGUGUUAGAUGAUCCAGCUGAGCAGAUGCUGCUGUACGACUUUCUGCGGCUCGCGGAGGCGAGAGAGGGAGGCGCCGAUCAAAGCAAUUACCGCGGCGGCAGCGACGACGACUACCACCUUGAGGAUGGCGAGGCCGGCGAUACAGGCAAUCUGUCGCGUCUCGCAGCACUGAUGGCGAAGUUGCAGGGGUUCACCCUGGACGACCUCGAAAACUCUAGCCUCAUGCGCCGUCUCUUGGGGGAGAGCGAGGCGGAGGGGGCGGUGAACCGCAAUCUCACACCACAGCAGGUGCAGGACAUCUUGGCCGCUCUUACCAAGGGGAAAGGACCCGGCGGUGCACGCGCAGAGGCGGGUCGAGCGGAGCAGGAAAGCGCGCGAGAGCGCCGACUGCGUCUACUGCGCAUGCUGGAAGAGAACAGGGCUCUCCAGCAGCAGCGUCGCGAAGACGCGGCGGCUGCCGGCCCCACGGAGAGCCUGCUCACCAAGGAAACUUUCGGUCUUACUGAGGUGCCGCCACCGCCUCCUCGUCCGCCAUCCUCCAAGAGACCGCCGAAGUCUACUUCUUCCACAAACCAUCUUAAGCCCAUUGCCUUAUCACAGCCGCCUAGCGCGCAGUCGCCACCGUCCUUUGCCCAGAGCAGCUCACACAUCGGUUUCUCUUACGAGUCGCUGAACCUGCCCGAGCGCCGAAGGGUCCCCUCGAGAGAGUCCAGUGCAGCGAGUACCGCGCGGCUGGUCGUCAAUCCCGUUGCGUGGAAGAUUUCACCGACGACGCUGGCGGAGCGGAAAGAGUUGGAGCGACUCUUCAGAGAGCUAGAGGCAUACUGGGCUGACCGUGCUUCGCAGGGAGGCCGCUUCCGUGUCGAUAUCAUCGACUACACUCCUGAGCAGCUUGAGGAGUUCUUCACCCACCUGCACCUCGGGCCCCGGCAGCGCGCCUUGCUGCGAGGGCGAGCCCCGCUGGCAGCGGCGACAUCGCUAGUGGGUGGAGCAAUGCACCAGGACGGUUCAUGCUCGGCAUUCAAGCGCGACGUCGCGGCGGCGGCGCAACGGCAGCAUAGCCAUGCUGGUUGUGGUCAGCCAACCCACUCUCUGAUUCCGUCGCCAACGCCCCUCGCACCAGCGCCGGUCAAGCUCUUCACACUCACCACAGAGGACUCCCUCGACGGGGCCUUGCGCCACAGCUAUCAGAGCUACAUGGAGGACAAGAUUUUCUCCGAGGCUCUGCACGGAAAUGUCAAGCUCGAUACAGCGAGGUCCGCCCACGUAUCGACGGCAGCGCAGUCUCUGCGACCACCGCCACUUCCUCGCCUGAAGCUGCGUGACUCACGAUGGAAGGCAUCGGGUGAGCGAGCAGGCGGCGUGUCGACUACCUCUGCAGCACCACGUCCACCGCCGAAGUUGUCGCCACCUUCCUCAUCCUUGCCAAGGCUGUAG